AUGGAAGAUUCCCAGGCCGCGUUUGCUGCUCAGUACCAACAGUACUCUGCGUUCGACAUCGACAUGAUGAAGAGGUCCAUGGAAGCGGUCGGCGGCCCCGACCCCAAAAAGGCCCGCUGGUCCCCCACCUCCUUCGCCAACGGCAACAACGGGGUCCCCAACGCUUCUGCUCAGGGCAACCGUGACGCGUUCGCCAACUACGGCUACGGCCCUCAGGUUGGUGUCUCUCAGAACGGCUUCAACAACUCCCCUUCGUCCUCCGGUUUCGCGGCCAACGCUGCCAACGCUCUGUACUCGACCCCGCAGCUCAGCCUGAACACGGCCGUUGCCAGCAACGGCGUCCCGCAGCAGAUGAGCCCAAACACCGCUGGUCCCUACACCCCCCAGAACCAGCAGCCUCCGUCGGCGACGCCGAACAGCGCCAACCCGUACAACUUCAACGGCUACAGCAUGCUCGGCAUGGGUAUUCCUGGGAUGGGUAUGCUUGGAGGAUUCCCGUACAACGCACAGAUCGCGAACUUCACCCAGCAGAUGAACACGCAACGUCUGCCUUCCUUGACUAUCCCUUCUCCGGCCGCCUCUCCGUACUCCCCGGCUGCUAUCACCGCAGCCCUGUCGGCACAGAGCAACACGACCGCGCGUACGGUUUACGUCGGGAACCUCCCUGCGACGGCAUCGGUGGAUGAGCUCCUCAACCUUGUCCAUUUCGGUCCCCUCGAGUCCAUUCGCGUGCUGCCGGAAAAGUCGUGCGUCUUCCUGUCGUUCCUCGAUGGUGCGACCGCCGCGGCCUUCCACGCCGAUGCGCUCAUCAAGAAGCUGGCGCUCCAUGGUCAGGAACUCAAGAUUGGUUGGGGCAAGCCGUCGCCAGUGCCCAGCCAGGUCGCGCUCGCGAUCCAGCAGAGCAACGCGAGCCGUAACGUGUACCUUGGCGGGCUCGAGGAGGCGAUGACGGAGGAGCAGCUCCGAGACGACCUGAGCCGGUUCGGGCUUAUCGACCAGGUGAAGAUCGUUCGCGACAAGAACAUCGGCUUCGUCCACUUCCUCAGUAUCUCGACCGCUACCAAGGUCGUGAACACGCUCCCGACGGAACCCGCCUGGGCAGGGAAGCGUGUCAACUACGGCAAAGACCGUUGCGCGUACAUCCCCAAGUCACAGCAGGCCGCGGCGCAAGCAGCCCAGGCAGCGGCGGCACAAUCCCUUGUCGCCCAGUCGGCUGUACUUUCACCCUUGUCGGCGACUGGCGCCAACCCCUUCGCGUCGCCGCUGACACCGUACAUGCCGUUCUCGCCUGACGCGCUCCAGAGCCUCGCGGGCGGCCAGGGCCUGAACCGGACUGUCUACCUCGGCAACAUCCACCCAGAGACGACGACGGAGGACCUGUGCAACGCAAUCCGUGGUGGUGUCCUCCAGAGCCUGCGGUACAUGCAGGACAAGCACAUUGCCUUCGUCACGUUCGUGGACCCUGCUGCGUCCCUCACGUUCUUCCAGGUGGCCUCGUACCAGGGCUUGACGCUCAACAACCGUCGCUUGAAGAUUGGCUGGGGCAAGAACUCGGGCCCGCUGCCGCCUGCGCUUGCGCUCGCGGUUCACUCGGGCGCGACGCGCAACGUGUAUGUUGGCAACAUCGAGGACUUUGACACCUUUUCGGAGGAGAGGCUCAAGCGAGACUUUGGGGAGUACGGCGAGAUCGAGCUCGUGAACUUCCUGAAGGAGAAGAACUGUGCGUUCGUCAACUUCACGAACAUCGCAAACGCGAUCAAGGCGAUCGACGGUGUGAAGAACAAGCCCGACUACGCGAACCUGCGCAUCGCGCACGGCAAGGACCGCUGCGCAAACCCUCCGCGCUCCGGCCCGCAGGGCGGUUCCGGUGGGCGCCGUGGCGGAGGCAGCUCGCAGCCGCCGAGCGCGAUCGAGCCUCCCGAAGGCGAGAACAUCAUCAAAGGCGAAAACGUGAUCAAGGAGGAGACUAUCGUCGAGGUGGCCGAAACCCCAUCGGGCGAAGUCGAGGCCUCCGCAUGA